AGAAGAAGAAGAAGAAAAAAAAAGAGAAAAAGAAGAAGAGAAGAAGAAGAUCUUGAGAACUAUUUUAAGGAAAAAGAAGAAAUUACACCUAACAGAAUUUACGCUUAUUUCUAUCUUCCUUCCAAUUUCUUUUUCUUUCUUUUUUUUUUCCCCAUUUUUUGUAGUUCGAUCUGUUUCGAUUUUGAGAGUAUUUCAUUCUUUGAUCUUCAUUCAAUGUCAUUCAAAUCACUCCAUCCUCCACUUCAAGUUCAUGGAGGACUUUGGCCAAGACAGAAGAACCCCAACUUCUUCAACCCAUAAAUUUUCAGAUGAUGGGGUUCUUGUUGAUGCCAAUGCCGGAAGCUUCGCUGAAAGACGAGCUUCCAAAAGAGGGAGAAAUGGGUGGAUUCAUACAAGGGAUUCGCCCAUUCUUCCAUCUCCUUGCCUCUCUAUUCCCCCUGGAAUCAGCCCAACUGUGUUGCUUGAUUCCCCGGUUAUGCUGCUCAAUACACAGGAUUUGCCAUCUCCAACCACUGGCACUUUUCCAAUACAUCAAAUAAAAGACGAGAAAACAUUGUUGAAUCCUGUAAUGCCUGAAGAUGGAAUUAGCCACGACAGUAAGGAUUCCUACUUCACGUUUGCACCUCAUGGGGAGCUUUGUACUCUUCAAAGUCUUUUGAGGCUUGAAAAUCAGGAAGCUGACAUAGAUCGUCAAGCCUUUGAAUCAGAGAAAACGCUGAUGGAUUUUGAAUUCCUACCUGAUUUUCCAAAAGAGGCUUCUGUAUUGAAAUAUGAAAUUGCUCCAUCCACUGAUAAUAGUUAUUUUGAUGGCAAGAUUGCUAAUGGCAACUGUGAGAAUAUGGAAAGUUGUCUUUCUUGUAUAACUACUAAUCAACCAUGUAUACCUGAAGAAUCGACAAAAGGAGACGACAUUGAGAUGCAGCAUCCUUUGGAAGAUGAACAGAAAGGGUCUUACAUUCCUAUGGGAAUGUUAAGGACAUCAGAAGAUGGAUACAACUGGAGGAAAUAUGGACAGAAACAGGUGAAAGGUAGUGAAUAUCCAAGAAGCUACUAUAAAUGUACACAUCCAAAUUGUCAGGUAAAGAAAAAGGUGGAGCGAUCUCUUGAUGGUCAAAUAACUGAAAUCAUCUAUAAGGGUGCUCAUAAUCAUGCAAAACCUGAUCCCAAUCGUCGAGCCAUGCUUGGAUCUGUGCCAACUCCAGGUGAUACUCCAGAAAUUGGUGAAGGUGGUGGAAACCGUUCCAAACUUGAAGCUGGGCCGACAUGGAGAAACACUCAAUAUGGGGUGAAGGAUAUCAAACUUAUCUCAGAUUGUAGUGUUGACGGUCUAGACAAGACAUCCUCCAUGUCAGUUGUGACUGAGCUUUCUGAUCCAUUGUUAAAUCCCCAAGGGAAAACUGUUGGGGUUCUUGAAACAGUGGGAACACCAGAGCUUUCAUCCACCCUUGCUAGUCAUGAUGAUGAUGGUGGUGGCGGUGACGGUGACGAUGACGAUCUUACAACUCAGGGAAGUAUUUCAGUUUGCACAGAAGCUGAUGAUGCCGAACCUGAAUUGAAAAGAAGGCGAAAAGAGGGAGGUUCAAUUGAGACAAACUUGGCUUCAAGAUCUGUACGGGAACCAAGAGUAGUUGUCCAAAUUGAAACUGAAGUUGACAUACUUGAAGAUGGGUAUCGGUGGCGGAAGUAUGGGCAAAAAGUUGUCAAAGGAAAUCCAAAUCCAAGGAGCUACUACAAAUGCACGAGUGCAGGCUGUUCAGUAAGGAAACAUGUUGAGAGAGCAUCACAUGAUCUGAAAUGUGUUAUUACAACGUACGAAGGAAAACACAAUCAUGAAGUGCCUGCAGCAAGAAAUAGCAGUCAAGUAAACUCGAGUAAUGGCAAUGCCCAACCGGCUGCUUCUCAUGUGCAACCGAACAUGGGUUUGUCCAGAAGCUCAAAUGUCCCAAAAUCCGAAACACAAAUUCAAGAUCUUGCCACCCAGUUUUAUCCAAAACCAGAAUUUAACCAUGACUAUCAGAGGUCUGGUUGUUUUGACACUUUUACGAACGAUAUGAAACUUGGAGCUCCUUCGUUCUGUCAAAUGAAGUUCCCUCCACUCCGAAACACCUUGCCUUAUAGUUCCUUUGGAUUAAAUUCAAAGCAUACUGCAACAAAUAUCUCUGGUUCUUUGGCAUCCGUGGUCCCAGACUUCCCGAUUUCCUUGCCAUUGAACCAAAACCUUUCAGCUGCUGGUUACGAUUUUACCAAUGGAAGAACAAUACCACCAUUCCAGGUUUUCCUGGCUGGUCAGCAGCUGAGAGAGACAGAUAGAUUCCUCAAACCCAAACAGGAGCACAAUGACGAUAACAUCGGUGCUUCCUUCCAGCCAAUUGUUGAUAGUUCGAGUGGAUCUUCAUCAUCGGUCUCUUCAGUUUAUCAACAAAUCAUGGGAAAUUUUCCAUAGUUUUUCCGUUCUUCACACAACAGUAUAGUUACUGAUGUCCAUUUCAGAACAAACAAUUCAUGUUAUGAAUAAUGGCCAUGGGGAGAUCAUGUCACUUCUCAGAUGGCUAUUUUGCUCAAUGCUGCCUACCACAUCAGGUUAGAUUCUUGAACCGACUAAUUAAAGAGGCAUUUGAAAGGAAUUGAAGAAAAUUUCAGCAGUUUCUUGUAAAUCCUGAAUUGCUGAACAAAAACUACCUUUACAAAGUACUAAAACAGGCUAUUCUAAAAACGGAUGAGGAUCUUGAUCUGAUGAAACAAACUGCCUCCAAUUUAACUCUUGCAGGUGAGCAAAUAAGGCCCAAGCCCCUCGUUUCCAAUGUUUUAUUUGUGUCAAAGCUCAAGGGUCGUUCCGACUUGUUUUUGUUUCCUUCUUGUUUCCAAUUUUUGAGAAUCAGAGCAUUUGGUAAUUGUUCCUAUUCCUUGUUUCUCAUUUUUCAUAAAUGUUUUCAAAAUCGUGUAGAAAUUUUGGCAACUAAUUUGUUUUUUUGUUUUCAGUGUUUUCUCAACGCAAAUUCUAGUAUCAAGUGUUUUCUGAACACAUAAAUUUAAGUUAUUUUAUCACUUUUUACUUAUAAAAUCUAUGAUAAUUAUCUAAAAGUAAAUAUAACAUUAAUUUUAAAAACUAAUUUCCAUAUAAAACUUGUACAUUUUUUAAAUUUAAAGUUUCAAUCAGAAAUGAUUUCCAAACUUUUUUUCUUUUUUUCUUUUUGUCAUUCUUUCAACAAAAAUGAAGGAACGAGAAACAAUUACCAAACUCAUACUCAUUGAUAUUUUUCUUAAAAUGAGAAGGAACUAGAAACAAGAACUGAGAAAUGGUAAUGAUAAUAACCCUUUUGUUAUCUGCCCCAAUGGAUUGAUUUGUUUUAAACCAGAUACAUUAAUCUUUAAUUUAAAUAGUAAUUGCAGACAUAUGUAACUAGUGGUAUCAUAUGAAAGCAGUUCUUUUUGUAAAUCAAUUAAAAGAAAAUGACACAUAUUAUAA